AAAAAUUUGGUGACCGAACGGAAACUAACAUCGUAACUAUGGUGACCAACUAUGUUGACAAUCACCGCCUCAAUAUCUCUGGGUCCUGCCACAGCCAAAAAUGAAACUCCAGAAAUCACGUUCACAGUUCACUCGCUGAUUUCCGUAACAUUGCUUUGUGACUCUGUUCAUGGAUCUUUACGAGAAACGGGUAGUCCUACUAACAGGAUGUUCAGGUGGGGGAAUAGGCCACGCGCUGGCCCGUGCAUUCGCCGCCAAGAAUUGUCUAGUGGUGGCCACCGCCCGGUCACUGGCGUCGAUGUCUGAUUUUCAAGAUGACCCACGAUUCUUCCUCCAAGAGCUGGACGUGUCAUCCGGAGAGAGUGUUCGUCACGCGCUGUCGACUACUCUGGAGAAGCUCGGCCGCAUAGAUAUUGUAGUCAAUAAUGCUGGAGUACAGUGCGUUGGUCCUCUUGCUGAGGUCCCUUUAUCCGCAAUUGAACAAACCUUUAAUACUAAUCUUUAUGGUGCAUUGAGAUUAAUCCAAGCCGUGGUCCCUCACAUGGCAUCUAGGAAGAAGGGCAAAGUUGUGAAUAUCGGAAGUGUCACCGUUUUGGCCCCUGUACCAUGGGCAGGUGCUUACACUGCAUCAAAAGCUGCUCUACACGCACUAACUGAUACUUUGAGAUUGGAACUUCGACCCUUUGGAAUUGAUGUGAUUAACAUUGUUCCGGGAGCUAUCAAGUCGAAUAUAGGGAAUUCUGCUUCGGCCAGUUACAGCAAAAUGCCGGAAUGGAAAUUAUACAAGCAGUUUGACGAAGCGAUUCGAGCAAGAGCAAAUUUGUCACAAAGCCUAAAAUCUACCCCUACGGAAGAGUUUGCAGAGAAGACUGUUAAUGUAGUGCUGAAGGAUAAUCCACCUGCUUGGUUCUCUACAGGCCAUUUGUCUACUGCAAUGUCGAUAAUGUACCACUUGCCACUUACGGUUAGAGAUUUUAUUCUCAGGAAAAGAUUUAACUGUUGAGGUACAUUCUACAUUUUUUCUUAUAAUUGGUCCAAGGAUCUUAUUUGUAUAUUAUUAUUAUUUUUGCCCCCAGUAGGUUGACACACCUGAAAAAAGGCAAAAAGUUCUUAUGUUACACAGUUAUAUUGUAAUUCAAAAAUGCUUAUUAGAUGAGGCAGAAACAAAAUGUUAUUUUCUAAACUAAGAUAUGUGUAAUUUGCUCGUGCGUAUGUUCAAAAGAUAGAAUACUCGUGGGUUAAGUGUACAUGAUUACUUGAAUUAUAAUGGUUCUUUGUUUCAAUGUA